CCACUCUGCUACUUUUCACAACCAGUAUAAGUGUGAGUUUUCAAAAUCGCUGAACACGUCUACCAGCAGAUUAUUUAAAUCCAAAGUUCCCAACCUACCUAAACAAGAAUGAAGGUCGUAUUUGCACUCGCUUCCCUUUUCGUUGCCACUGCCUAUGGUAAGCACGGUCAGGUUGAGUUCUUCAACACUGUGGAUUGCAGUGGGGACCAUGUUUUGAACAGUGGAUUCGAUAGCAUGCAGAAGCUGUGUACUCAGCAGAGCACCGCCGUAAAAGUGUCCGAGUUGGGUGAUGUUGAGUACAGAUUCUUCCGUCUGAGUAACGAUUACGACACCGAGGUACUAAUGUUCCCCACCGAAGCUGAGUGCCAGGACUAUCCCCUUCAGUUCACCACCACCGAGGAAGUUGCCUUCAUUCGAUCGACCGACGGUGGAAAAUGCCAAGUGUGUAUGCGCUGUGGUGACAAUGUUAAAUCCGUUAAAAUUACUCCUCUAAUCAGCUCUACCGAUGUAAACAGCAAGAGCAAUAACGAAAACAGCGCCGGAUCAUUUGCACCCACGACCGUAGGAGCCUUGGCAGUCGCCGGAGCCGCCUUCCUCCUGGCCUAAGUGUUAAUAUAAUACAAUGGAUAGUGUAUAUAUAGGAAACAUGAAUUAUUGAAUACCUUCUGGAUCGUCUCUCGUCAGGGCUUUGUAACUCCGAUAGAUUGAGGCACAUUAUUUUCUUCUAUAAUAAAAAAAGGCUGUGGAUCAAACUAUGUUCGUG